AUGUCCUACCCUCAGGGCUACCUGUACCAGCCCCCGGGCUCGCUGGCGCUCUACUCGUGCCCGGCGUACGGGGCGUCGGCGCUGGCGGCGCCGCGGAGCGAGGAGCUGGCCAGGUCUUCCUCGGGCUCGGCGUUCAGCCCGUACCCCGGAUCCGCGGCGUUCACCGCCCAGGCGGCCGCCACCGGCUUCAGCAGCCCGCUCCAGUACUCCACCGACCCGGCCUCGGGAUUCCCCUCCUACAUGGGCUCCCCGUACGACGCCCACACGACGGGGAUGAGCGGGGCCAUCAGCUACCACCCGUACGGCAGCCCUGCCUACCCCUACCAGCUGAACGACCCCGCUUACCGGAAGAACGCCACGCGGGACGCCACGGCCACGCUGAAGGCCUGGCUGCAGGAGCACCGCAAGAACCCGUACCCGACCAAGGGCGAGAAGAUCAUGCUGGCCAUCAUCACCAAGAUGACCCUCACGCAGGUCUCCACCUGGUUCGCCAACGCCCGGCGGCGGCUCAAGAAGGAGAACAAGAUGACCUGGGCGCCCCGGAACAAGAGCGAGGACGAGGACGAGGACCUGGAAGGGGACGGCGCGGGGGUGCGGGCCAAGGAGGAGACGCUCUCGGACAAAGGGCAGGACAGCCACGAAGCCUCGGCGGAGGAUGAAGGGAUCAGCUUGCAAGUGGACUGCCUGACUGACCACUCCUGCUCGGCCGAAUCCGACGGCGAAAAGGCCCCUUGCAGGUCCGGAGACAGGCUGUGCGAGUCCGGCUCGGAAUGCAAGGACAAGUACGAGGAGACUGGGGAAGACGAGGACGAUGUGGAGGACGAGGAGGAGGACGACGAGGAGGAGGAGGCCGAGCGAGGCCUCCCCGCCAAGCCCGUCACCUCCUCCCCGCUCACCGGGGUGGAAGCGCCUCUCCUGGGCCACCCCCAUGGCGAGGACUCCCCCCGGAACGCCAACAAAGCCGCCCUGGACGCCCGGAUGCCUCCGUCGGCGGCCUCGCAGGCCACGCAGGCCAGCAAGCCCAAGCUGUGGUCGCUGGCGGAGAUCGCCACCUCGGACCUUAAGCACCCCCACCACCCGCACCUCGGCCUGGGGCAGAGCUGCCAGCCGGCCGCCCCACCGCCCUCCGCCCCCCACAACGCUGCCUACUCGCCCUCCUCACUGCUGGGCAGGCACAUCUACUACACCUCGCCUUUUUAUAGCAAUUACACAAAUUACGGGAACUUCAAUGCCCUCCAGGGCCAGGGCAUCUUGAGGUACAACUCGGCCUCUGUGGCCUCAACAGAAGGACUCGCUCAGACUGUGAUAAGCAGCGGCAGCCUGGCGCAGAAGCCGGGCUCGGAGAGCGCCUUGAAAUCCAUCGCCAGCCACGUAGAACAGCACUACAAGCCCCCGAGCUCGGACCCCAAGAAAGACCCUGUUGAAGGCUGCUCAGUCGCGAUCCAGCCCUUCCUAUAGAAGCGCAGUCACACCGCAGCCAGGCAAGUGUGAUAGGAUUUAUUGUACAAACUCUUUGUAAAAGAUCAACCAGUAGGAAUUACUUAAAGAAACCG